AUGCCACAUUCCAACCUGACACCGGAGCCCACGGACACCCGCAGACAGUCUUUCGGCAUGGCUUCUGUAUCCGAAUUCCUCGCUCAAUGCCCUCCCCCAACGAAUCUCCCCUCCAACAAGUGGCAAGAUAUUCCUAUUAGAUUCUUGUUCGACAAGGAUGUUGCGAUUGUCGAUCCGGACACGCCCAUAGAGGAAGCUAGCGCCCUCCUCAUUGACAAUGAUCUUAGUUCCAUUCCCAUUCGUGCCGCUAAGGGCAGCGAUGAUAUUGCCCGUGUUUUUGACUAUUCCGAUCUUACUGCUUUUUUGCUGCUUGUUUUGCACAUUGAUGACGCUAAGGAAGCCACUGACGCUUACAGAAAACUGAGCCAAGAGGUCCAAAACGGAACCCCAAUUACAGCUUACCAGGUGGCAGAGCUGGGUAAAAAUAAGGAUCCCUUUAUGACGGUUCCUGCCACUAGCACCCUUGGUGAUCUCGCAGAAAUCCUCGCUACCGGCAUCCGUCGUGUUGCUGUUGUUGACGAAAACCGCAAGAUCCUCAGCAUUGCCUCUCAGCGGCAGCUCAUUCGCUUCCUGUGGACGAACGUCCGUGCGUUCCCCGCUCUGGAACCUCUUAUGAGUCGUACUAUCCAUUCUCUCGACAUUGGCAGCUCUGACUUUAUCUGCAUCAAUGGAGACAAAAAGGUGAUCUCUGCUUUCCGUCAAAUGCACGAGACCGGUAUCGGUUCUUUAGCCGUGGUGGACUCGCAGUACCGACUCUUGGGUAACAUCUCGCUGGUCGAUGUUAAGUACGUAACUCGUUCCUCCUCCAUCUACCUGCUCAAUCGUACUUGCGGCCACUUUCUGAGUGUUAUUAAAAGCGAACAAGGCAUCCGUGCUGGAAAGGACAGUGCCCCCGCAUUCAAUGUUUACGAAUCAUCUACCUUUGCGUUUACGAUGGCUAAGGUUGUGGCUACGCAAUGUCAUCGGUUGUGGCUUGUGCAAUCGCCUUCCUGCCCUCCCUCGCCGAAAAGCAGCAACUCUCACUUGAUGCCUGGUUCGAAUGCUGGUCUCAAGGUGAACCAGUUGCUUGGCAUGAUUAGUCUUACGGAUAUGAUUUAUGUCAUUCUUGCGCAAACUAAGGGCACUCUUCCUCAACCUACAGCCAGAAUUGGACGCCGUGGCAGUACGAGCAGUGGUCGUAGCCAUAGCAAAGUCAGUAUGGACUCCUCGUACCGUCGUUAG